AUGCUUGAAAUUUCUUUCUCAGUGGUUUUUCGUUUUCAAUUUUCACCCUCGUUACAAAUACAAUUAUGGAAAAGGUCUUUGAAAGCUCAAAUAGCAAAAGCACUUUUCUAUCAUGUUGCAAGAUGCAACGACUCCAAGAAAAAUCUGUUUGUUCAUUGGUAUUUGAAGUGGAACGAUGAAGAUAAGCAAUACAUUCAAUUAUGUGCAAUAUUCUGUUUGGCUCUCGGUAACAAUACUUUUAUUCACUUGAAAGCAGAUAUGGCAGCAGCAGAAGAGAAAAUAAGCUCUAAAGUAUGUCUGACGGAUGAACUGUACAGUGAUUUAAGUGACAACAGUAAAGGAACUGUAAUUGGAUGCGACAUAAGGACAAAUCGCAUACUAAAUUGUUUGUGUUAUUGUUUUAUCUACGGAUUACGGGGAAUCUUUUUAACAAAGACUCUUCAUCAUGAAGUUUAG